AACGUGAAAGACCCCGGGCACAUGUACUUCAGCCGCACCUAGAGCCUUGGCACUAGGGACCACCUCUGGUAGCUUCCACGUGAGAGCAAGCUAAAACUACGUCCAAGAGCCUAUGUGACAAGCCGAAUUUGAGGCUGUUUAAGUCACAAUGUCUAGCAAUCUUUGUCAUUUCUGCCAGUCAAUUGAGUGGGAUCGGAUACUCAGCCAAGUGUUCAACCCUGAAACCGACAAACCCGAGUAUAGAGAACAAGUCAAGUGUGGUGAACAUGGUCUGGCCAUUAUCAGGUCAAAUCAAGAUACAUGCGAGUUAUGCGAACUCAUCAGCGACGCAUCUCGAGCCUUGAAACCGUGGUGGCCUAUCGCCGAAUUCCUCGACCGUCCAGAACGAAUUACUUGUGCAUUCUUCUAUGGCCGAAACCGCCUUGGGCCUGGAGGCCUGGAUGUUAGUAUAUCUCAAGCAAGUGUUGUAUUGCAUCGAAUGUUCGCCCAGUUGAAUCCGAAAUACGAUUCAUCCGCGGGUUUAGUGAGGCAGCGUCGCCACAAUACCCUGCCCGGUAAAUCUCAGGCUACGGAAGGCGAGCUUCGCAACAACAGCUUGAAUAGGCUACUGGUGCUAGCUGGACUUAAGCCUGUCCCGUCUACUGCUCAGACGUUUAUGCAACUGCAUCCUUGUCAACACCCAAUCCCUACCAUUGACGAUUAUGUACGUAGAGGAAAUCCCUCCUUGGUGUUUCCUACCGGCCGCAUCGUACAGCCAGAGGUCAACACUCGAUUACUGGGGAAGUGGUACGACAUUUGCCUCAAAAGUCAUGGUUCAAAGUGUGAAAAGCCAGCAUGGUUUACACCGGGAGCCGUCUGGCCGCGGGAUCUUCGUCUCAUCGAUGUGAAGCAGCGCUGUAUCGUCGAUGUCCCGGCCGCGUGUCUCUAUUUUACGCUGAGCUACGUAUGGGGCGGGGAGAAAGAUCCAUUUCAGACCACCUUAGGAAACCUAGCGACCCUCAAGACCCCAGGCGCAUUGGAUUCAUAUUCACUGCCGAAAACGAUCAAUGACGCAUUAUGGCUCACCCGUGAGAUGGGAGUUGAUUAUCUUUGGGUCGACAGAUUAUGUGUGAUCCAAGACUCGGACGCUGACAAGGCCAUACAGCUCCCCCAGAUGGACCUCGUAUACUCAGGCGCAGCGCUGACCAUUGUAGCAGCAAGCGGUACGUCACUGGACGGGUUAGCCGGCUUGAACAAUACGCCGAGGACAAUCACUCAGCGUACAGCGCACGUAACAGAGAAUCUCAGCGUCAUGAAUGUCCUGCGACUCGACGCGGCGUACCAAGCAUCUGCAUGGCGCACGCGUGGCUGGACGUUCCAAGAAGGACUCUGUUCGCGGCGCUCCAUAGUCAUCACGUCGGACCAAGUCUUUUGGUCCUGCGAGUCGGCAAAGUACUGCGAAACUAUCGCAUUCGAGGAUUUCCCGACGACCGUCGAGCCCGGCGACAUCAUCUUCCGCGUGCUGUCCGGACAUCCCGUGUUCGGCGAGUUCGGAGGCGCUAACUUCAGCUACGACGAACUAGGUUCGAUGAUCGCGGCGUAUAACAAGCGGCAUUUGAGUGUGCAGGGCGACAUCCUCAAUGCGUUCAUGGGAGUGCUAAAUCGCGUCUCCUUGGGCUCGGGCCAUGAGUUCUAUUGGGGACAUUCCGCGUCCUGCAUGUUCGGGCUGUCGCUGGCGUGGGUGAAUAUCACCUGGCAGCAAGAUGGGCACCUACCUCCCAAAAUUCCCUCUCGACGACGGGAGACGCAUACUGUUCUUGCCCCGGAUGGGUCGAGCGACGACAUACCUUUUCCAAGCUGGUCUUGGCUAGGCUGGGGAUGCGUGGAGGGUAUCACGCGUUGCAUCCCCAGACAAGUAAACAUACAGCCCGAGCUGAAUAUUACGAAACUCGAUGUUUACGGCAAAUCCGCACCGAUCAAUAGUUCUAGCAUUAAACUAGAAGAUACGCGCUCGAUUAAGAUGAACGGGAUUGACGCCUCGACCUCGGCGGGCUGGAAAGAGUGCACUGCCAUCCCGCCGCAUCGGAUACAUUCAGGGCUAGAGUUCAGGGAUUCGGGUCGUCUGCUCUUCUGGACAAGCCAUUCACAGCUUGUUACACGAGAGAACAAGAUCUACAGUUCCUCAGAUAGCAGCAGACAAAUCGGCGAGUUGCUCCCCUUUUGGCAGCACCAAGUUGCGAAGCCGGAAGGGAAACUCAGUUUCAUUGUUGUUGAGCGCAAGAUUGAUGAUUAUCGAUAUAACGAUGUGCGCGCGGAGAGGAGGUUGUAUCUUCUGCUUGUUCAUUGGGUGAAUCGUGAGGAGAAUGUUGCUGAGAGGGUAUGUACUGCUGAGGUUGAUGAGGCUGCGUGGGUGGACGAGAGUCGCGAGUGGAUUUUGGUGACACUGGCUUGAUUAUGUUUAUAUCCCACAGAAUAUAAAUGGG